UUCCUGUACACUCUGCGGACUUCAUGGUUAGUCCUGCCUCCUUAUCACACAACACACUCAUAAACACUGUGAGAUGGAUAAAACAGCUGUCAUACAGGUCUCUUAGACGUGAGGAGAGGAAGGAGAGCAGCACCACAACACCAGCAAACCGGUACCACCAUGGUUCGAGGAACGUUGAACACUAUGGCAGAUCUAAGACGUUCUGGGUUUGGUCGUCACUUGCCCAGGCAUGGACUCAAGCUCCUGUUCUGGUUCGCCAAGAAUUACAUCAAAUUUGAUUACAUGGGUGAAAUGGUUGCAAGAUACAACCCCAACGAGGGGGGCUUUGAUUUCCAUCCCUUCCAGAACAGACCGGAGUGGGACUGCAGCUAUGCGACCACACAUAUAUCUGUCAUUUCCUGCAAUUUUCUGCUCCCAGAUAACGUCCACCCAUACUAUAUAGUGGGCAACCUGAAUCCAGAAGAAUCCAAUUGCCUUCCUCAGUAUGUCAGAAAAGACUUUACUGGUGACCAAGAUGACAGUAACAUGGACCGCCUCAUCAUCAGUCUGCGUCCAGACGGGACUGUGGAUAAGGUUUAUGUGACCCAGCAUGACGACGACGGUCUGAGUUUUGACCCUGACAACACCUACCGUGUCACCAGGGGUCUGCUCAGGGACAUCAGUGGCCUAAAGCUGCAUAAGUUCCUGAAACAGGCAGGCUAUAGCAGCCGCCAGCCAAUCAUACACAUGAAUGAUUAUGAGGACAUUCUGAGUUAUUUUGAAUACUUGAGACUGUAGUGUAGUACAGAGCUCUGUAACCAUGAUUCCACUAUUAAUCUGAUUCUGAAGUGAAAGGACAGGACGGAAACAGCAGUAUAGUUUUUCUUGGCCUUUUUCAAUGUGUAUUAUGUAGGUAACUGAUGGUAUUUUCAUUGUAUGCUGUUGUAACCCCCUCCUGUCUUGUUCAUUGCUUUGUCAUUUAGCUUUUUCAUGAUGAAAUCGAUUUUUGAAUAAAAAAUGAUCUAUUUAGCAUUGCUAUGCUAUUGGUAAUACAAUAAAUAUAAAUAUUUUUUAUACAACAUUAUUGUAUGUGUGUGUGUCUAGCUCAUGCAAAUCCUAUGUUAUGAAUAGUGCCUCUUGACUCUCACCAUAAUACCUUUCUGUAAAAAAAAUCAGUGCAGUAAAAAUGAUGUUUUUCCUGUGUUUUGUGUAAUUUUGUACAGCUGAUUAAACUAACACUGUAAAAAAAA